CAAUAAAUUGCCUCCUCAGCCUUAUCAUUCGAGUAUCAUUCGUCUAUACACGAGCAUGUCCUGCUUCGUCGCCGUUGUAGUUCUGGCAGCAUUUUUCCAAAACUCUCUCAGUCAAACGUGUUUAGUGACGGAUUUCGAGCAAGUGCUCGAAGCUACCAGAACAUGCAAAGACAUCUCGAUCGAAAACCUUUCAGUGCCCGGAGGGCAAACAUUGAAACUCAAUCUAACUGAUGGGUCAACGGUAACUUUCAAAGGCAGAACUGUUUUCGAGUUUACCACCUACUGGAAGGGCCCACUAGUGACGAUCAAUGGCACUUCAGUGACCAUCCAAGGAGUCGAAGGGCAUAUUUUCGACGGCCAGGGGAGGUACUACUGGGAUGGUUUGGGCGACAAGGGGGUACCAAAGCCGCAGUUUUUCACCGUUCAAACAUUCGGGGGCUCGAUAAUGCGGGAUAUUUAUGUGCUCAACUCGCCCCAUGACGUCUUGCAAGUUACCAAUUCUGAUCGGGUGGAGUUUUACAACUGGCGCAUUAACGAUACAGCAGGAGACGAGGACCCUACCGGAGAAGGAAAAUUUGGCAAAAACACCGACGGAAUAGAUGUGUGGAAUUCCACAAAUGUGCUCAUCCGAGACGUGGCCGUGUUCAAUCAAGACGACUGUGUGGCUGUAAGAUGCGGAGCCAACAUCAGCGUCUCAAACGUGCUCUGCUACAACACCCAUGGGUUGAGCCUCUCGGUGGGCUUCAACAACGACACGAGCUCGAUCAAUCCGUUGAACACGCUGAAGAACGUGACGUUUUUCAACGCCAGCAUGCAUGGAGGCGAAAACGCCAUCCACAUCAAAACCCACAACGAAGGCGGCCUUGGGUUUAUUGAAGAUGUUCUGUACGAAAACAUCCAGCUAUCAGGUGCGACCCACUAUGGCAUUUUGAUCGAGCAAAACUAUCCACUUCAUACCGAGCCUUCGGACAAUGUCCCCAUCAAGAACCUCAACAUUCUGGAUGUGCAUGGGGAAGUGGAAUCAGAUGCUGUAGCCGUUCAAGUGGUGUGCGCUGAAGAGGGAUGCGAAGAUUGGUUUUGGGACGAUAUCGACAUUUGGGGGUCGGGCAAAGAGAACAGUUGCAACUACAAGCCCAGUGGCUCUUUUCUUUGCUAGAUGUUGAACGGUAUGAAAAUAAACGUAUGAACGCUUA